CUUGUGUGGCCCCAAAUGCAUACGCGACCAGCCUGGUGAUUAUUUCCUCUCGGUGGCCUCUUCUCUCUCGCGCGCGAAGUCGAAGUGAACAGAAUAAAAGGUCGAUCGAUGAUGCCACGGAGAGCAGCGGGGCGAAGCCCUUCCAUUCCUCCCUCCUUCUCGGCUUAUCCGCCCCAACCAGUGGACGAGGAAGAGGAAGCCGCUCUCGCCAUCUCCGAUCAGAGGACUCUCUACCUCGUCAAUAUCUUCAUCAGCAAUAACGCACGCUUCCUCAACACCUUCGCCGACCUCUGUCAGGACAAGCUCGCCGACGUCCACAGGAGAAUCUUGCGGUUAGAUGCAAGUCUUACUCUUCUAGAAGCAAAGUUAAGGAGCACAUGUCCCAAGAAAGAGUUGGAGGAUGACAGUGGCUUCAAAGCCAUGGGUUCUUCAAGCCAAUCUAUUCUUUCUAACCUGUUGCCACUAGAUAAGUCAUUAUAUCGACCUUGUGUAUCCGGUGAAUCUUCAAGAGUAAAAUCUAUACAAAAAGGAUUCAAGCAUAAAGGCCAUAAUAAGUGUAGAUCCGGAAAAAGAGGUCAUCGUCAUAUAUUUGCGCCAUUUCAUGCUCUCAGACAGUCCACAUGUGAGGGCUUCUACCGAUGUUCAGCAGUUAAGUUCAGCAUUACCAUUCUUUGAAAGGUCCCACAGCCAAACUUCGUCAGAAUAAGUGGAAGCAGUCUACAGUGCAUUUCUCCCUGGCCUAUGGAGUACGGACGCAUUCCAUAAGCUGUACUAAAUUUGAUUUUCUUUUUUCUUUUCCUUUUUAAUGCUACAAAAUUCAUCUGUCAUAGCUUGACUUUCUUCCGAUGACACAUUCUGUUUGAUUAUUUCGAUUUCAUCUCAGUUGGUGGUUAUCAUAAUGUGUCAUAGGAUGUGUCACUUAGGAUUCUGGGCUGGUAUGUAAUUUAAGAUUUCAUAGUUAAAUUCUUUAUUCAAGUAAAAUGUAUUGUCACCUUAGGUGCCCUUCAGAGAUGUAUUAUUAACAAUAAAAAGCUGUACCUUUAAUCUGUCUUCCAUAAAGGUCAACCUGUUGUUUUUGUUCAGUGUUUAUCUAAUUGUUGACCAAAUAGAAUGUGAAGGACUAAUAAAGGAAGUGAGCUUCUAUACUGAACCAGAUGUUUGAGUGUUUAGUUCCUGAGUGGCAUGGAGAAAUACAGAUAAGUUGGGACUUGGGAACCUAUUAAUCUCCACCAUAUUUUGUUAUGGUGAAAAGUUAUUGGGCUUAGUUUUCACUGCUCUCUCCCCUGCAAAAUGUCCUCGUCUCCCACCUAAGCCACACCCUGUUACUUUUAGCUAAGCAAUAGAAAUAGCACUGGCUAGCCAAUGUAUGGUUGAUGGAAUUGGGGUAAUUGAAACUCUGACACUUUCAAACCUUUAUGUAGGAAUAGAUUGUGAUCUAGAAGCUCAGAGACUUUGAACAUGUCCAAGGAAAAUCAUGUUAAAGUUGUGGUAUGUAGGAUGGAAUAAUUAUGACUUUGGGAAUGCAGAUGCUUACAAAGCCUGGAUGCAUAAACACUGAUCAUCUUAGGUUUGUGGGAUGACUAUAAUUAUAAUUGUCUGUCAUGACGUGGUCAUUAGCUUUUUCUAAGAGUAGAGCUUUUAUGGUACUUGUUUUACUUAAAAGUAAAAUGAAGCUGGAAGAUGUUGACAAUUCUGUCCAGCUAAGUUGAUAUCAUCUUGAUAAAUAUAUAUUCUUCAAUACUGCAUUCUGCAAUUUUUGUUUAAUUCCUUUUGUCCUCAUAUAAUUUUUACUAGAACAUGUAAAUCUAGGUGAUAUUCAUUAUAUAGGUUGCUGAUAUAUUGUUUGCCUAUCUGUGCAGAUGUGCAAUAGGUUGCCUCUACCUCGUUGUCAAUGUUCUAUCUUCGUUUUCCUUAAUCUAUGCAAUCUUAUAAGGAAGAAAAUUAAAAUCAUUUUAAACCAAGUAUCUUCAAUCCGUGGGUUCAUUAGUUGUUUAUUGUUGAGCCAACAUUCUUGCAUAUGAAAGUUAACCACCCACCAAUUCUCUAGCCAAUUCACCUUCAUAACCCUUUUUUGUUUCGUUUUUUUUCUGCUUCUUUCUGUUUCAUAACCCACCUUCAUUUUUUUUUGUUUCGUUUUUUUCUGCUUCUUCCUUUUUUUUUGCUUCUUUCUUCAUAACCCACCAAUUCACCUUAAUCUAUGCACCCCCCCCCCCCCCCACCCCCCUCCCUUCCUCAAAACAAAACUCACCCAUAAUGGUAGAAUUUGAUCCCAGAUAUCUUCACCAGUCAAGUUAUCACUUAUCUCAGGAAAUACAAAAGAAUCUAGAUUUUUUUGCUAUCAAAAGAGGUUCCAAGGUUUGAGUCAUGGGUGGUGCAUCCCCAAGUAUCUGGAUCUUGUAAUUUAUGUUGGAUGACUUCCCUCCCACAAACUCUCUCUCUCUCUCUCUCAAGAAAAAAGCAGAAAAAGGGAUCUAUGUGUUUAUCAUAUGAGACUAAGAGAGCCGCAAAUGAGUUUUUUCAAUAGAGGGAAUGCACAUGCACGUAGAUGUGGGCAUGCUUGCAAACCGAGAGAGAGAGAGAGGGAGAGGGAGAGAGCGAAGGAGGGGGAAGAGGGGGGGGUGCGUGAAAAGAGAGGGAACUUCCAUAACUAUUGAGGCAAAGAAUGAAAUAGCGCGCGGGGGUUGGAAGAUAGAUAGGUGGACUCAAUUGUGAGAGCACAUGAUACCCAAAUGUCUUGUAAAUCAAUGGACACAUGACAUGAUUUACCCACAAGAUGUCAAGGUUCAUUUACAAGGAUAAGCUGAGCUUAUAGAUGAUCAUAGUAUUUUGUGACAACCACUGGGUGAACAAUAUAGUCAGUCGGAUGAAACAUCUCCCCAUGGCUCAACAACCCAGCAUACAAAUGCUUAUUAGGUCAAACGAGGAUAAUCAAUCCAACUGCAAUAAAACAAAAGAGGGAUAAAGAGCCAGUUGACAUGCAAAAAUGUAAUGUAUUUAAGAAUCCAACCUUACACCGCCACCCCUGAUUAUAUCGAGUUAUGGUCUAGAUGCUCAGAAACUGGAAAAAUGAUGACUGAGCCAUGAUACUUAAUAUGAAACAAUUAUCCUUGACUGUCCACCAUGACAUCUGUACUAGCUCCUUAUAGGACAGGUUGUCAGAUGUUUACAUUUGCAAAGUGAAAUAAAGUUGGAAGUUGUCACAUGCUGACAAUCACAUUCAGCUAAGCUUUUCCCCCAAAAAUUGUAUAUUUUGCAAUUCUCCAUUCUGUAAUUUAUUUUUUCCAUGCUGCUUUCUGUCCUCUUUAAAAUGUUACGAGUCCUUGUUUGAAUACAGGUGAUAUCUAGUAAAUAUGGUACAAUAAGUCAUUUCUCUAUCUGUAUUUAUGUUCAAUAGGUUGCCCAUGUCCAUGGCCACAAUCAUGUUAUCAAGUUAUUUUUCUUUGUUUUCCUCAUUCUAUGUGAGUCUUUUAUGCAAUAACCAUCUUUAGUAUUCGAUUGUUUCACUGGUAAUUUGUUGUCAAGCUAUGCAUGCUAGCCAGUUCAUUUUUGUCACAACUUUGAUAUUUCUUUCUCCCUCAUGACAUGUUUAUCUGAUCUUAUAUGGCGUAUUAUUAUGCUUCUUUCAAGUAGUUCAACAGUAAGUUAUCCUUUCUCAUAUUCUCUUCUUGUAGGUAUUAUCAUAUCAUUUCUUUAUUGCAACAUCACAAAAAUAGUGUUAGUUUGGAGUGAAACACAGUCCACUGCUAAUAAGCUUGGUGCACUUUACAUGUACUAUCAUGGGCCUUAUUGGUCGGAGAUUAUAUCAAUUUUAUUCUAUAUUCAGUUCCUACGGAGUUUGGUUUGCCAAACUUGAAUUAGAGUCACUUUUUUUAUUGUCAGUAAUAGCCAGAGGCAUCAUAUAUAUCAGCAAAAACCACAUUUUUUGUGUCUUCAGAAAAUUUGUCUUCGGAAAACCAAUUUUAUCUGCUGAGUGGUCGAAUUUCUUCUUUCGACAUUACCUUGCAGUUUCGGUUGGGGGGUUCAGUGGGCUGGGUUGCCUGCCUUUCUUGUUAACGAGUAACAAUGCUGAGUCUACAAACGUGUUUUUAUUGGUAGUCAAGUAAUUGGAAUCAUUGGUAUUCUUUUAAAGCUCCCGGUGGGAAAUGGAAACAACUUCAGAGCCAGGCUUUCAUGUCCAAUGUGCUAAUCUUUUGAUUCUUUUAUGACUGGGUUGAGGAAGGAACUUCUUUGGGGACUUUUGGUGAAGCAUGCGCCAAUAGCAUGGUAGAAGCAGUCAUCAUCUCCUCCCUCAUAAGCACUUUUGAUCCAAAUGGGGACAUCUUUCUGGUCCGCAUAUUGUUUUGCUUGCUAAAGGAAGCCAAUUGCUAGCUGUUGAGGCAGUCGAAAGUAUGCUGGAAUUCAGGUCUGAACAAGCCAUCCAACUCCAUAUAUUGAAGAGGGAUUAUCUGAUUAAAAGUUGCUAUAGAAAAAUCAUAUGCAAUUGUCUGUGUUUUCCCUUCUUGUUGCUUUGGCUAGGUAAAGUGCAUAAAAAUUCCUCUUGUUCAUGCAUUUCUCUACUUUCCUAACUGGUGGGCUAUUUUUUUUUAAAAAAAAUUUCUCCUUUCAAGAGAAAGUUCUUACCUAGCGUAGUUGAUUGUCU